AUGCCCGAGUCGACUCAAAAUCGCCCACCUGCCACGGCCCCGGUGGGCUCCAAGCACCCUUCCUCCUCCUCUCCACCUCAGAUUCCCGAUCUGGAAGCAAUGAGACAAAGAUGGGACGAAAACCUAGAAGCGGAUUUCGCAGAAAUCAAAGAGAUACUUCGUCGAGACAGAGAUGCGCACGCACAGCAACAGAGCGCCAAUGACGCACACACCCAAUGA